GUGCCACACGGUCACCUGGAAAUUUCCGAUCUUUGACCUUCAGCCUUCUUGUUCUGUCUCCCAUCGACCUUGGUUCUUUGACCAUCUUUUUUCGAGGCCUCUCACCCUUCGGCUAUCUGAACCUUCAUUCACAACACCGAAGCCACCGUAUCUCGGCAGUCGACGCAUUUCGUCCCGACUUCUAUUCCAUCGCGAAGAACCGCUCCGCGCGUGGCGCGACUCUGCAGCAAACAUGAGUACCUCCAUGCGCGACCUGAUUGACGGGGAAGCCGAGCUCAACGAAGAUGAGGACGAUGAGUCAUUUGAUGAGGAGACCGGCGAGACUCGUACGAAAGAGGCAAAUGAUGACAUGUUGGAUGAUUCUAGCGACGAGGAGGAGGAUGACGAGGAUGAAGAAGAGGCGAGAAGGAUCCGAGAAGGCUUCAUCGUUGACGAAGAUGAAGAAGAAGAGGAGGCCGAUGACUCGGAAGAACGUGAGCGGCGCAGAAAGAAGAAGCGUCGGCGGCAAGAGCGCGAGGAAGAAGAACAGCUUGACGAGGAGGAUCUGGACCUAAUCGGUGAAGCCAAUCCAGAGUGGGAGCGAAAGACGCAAACACAGACAAAGUUCAAGCGUCUCAAGCGUGGCCACCGGGACGAAGACAGGAGCACUGAGCGUCGCGGUCUCGCCGAGAUAUUCUCUGACGAUGAGGAUGAAGUGGCCGACGAGCGACCUUACGGUCGCCCGAGUCACCGCGCGCACGCCGAUGAGUUCGACGACUUUAUCGAGGAUGACUAUCCUGAGGACGACGAGGAGCGCAUCCAGCGCCAGGAGGAUAGGGAAGUGGCCCGCCCAAGGGACAAGGGCUUGGCUGUUGAUGCAACUGGCCUGGACAAGGAUGCUCUCGAUGAUAUGGAAGCGAUUUUUGGCAAUGGAGAAGACUACGACUGGGCGUUGGAAAUGGAAGACGUCGAGGAAGACCGCGAGCGCGCUGAGCAGGCAAUCGAGCUGAAGGACGUGUUUGAGCCGUCGCAGCUAAAGGAGAAGCUUCUUACGGACGAAGACAACCAGAUUCGCAUCGUUGAUGAGCCCGAACGAUUCCAACUCGACCGCAAGCCCUUCAAGGAACAGCAAACGUCGGCCGAGUAUUUCAAAGAAGAGGCACGCUGGAUUACGAAUCUCAUGUGGCCCAAGAAGCAAUUACCCGGCGAUCUCCACGGGCCCUUCAACAAGGCUAUCGGCAAAGUCCUCGAGUUCUUCAUCAUCGAUGGCGUUGAAGUUCCCUACGUCUUCCAGCACCGGAGAGACUACCUCAUCCAUGCCAAGAAGAUCAGGAAUCAGGACGGGCGCGACCACGAUGGUCCCGAAUACACGGUCGAUGCAGAGAAGCUCUUGACUCAAGACGAUCUCUGGCGCAUCCUAGAGCUCGACAUCAAGUUCCGCUCGCUCGUCGAGAAGAGGAACGCCCUCGAAAAGACGUAUAGCAACCUUAGGGAAGCUGGCGUACAGGACGAGGUACUGGAAGACAUGAUGCACCAGGCUGCAACGUUGGAAGAGCUGCAAGAUCUGCAGGACUACGUGAACUUCCAGUACUCGUCCCAGCUCAAGGAUAUCGCUGCCAUGGGCAACGGUGCCUCGAAGGAGAUGAAGCGUCCUGGCGCCAAGACAGCUCUUUUCGAGCGCAUCCGGAGAUCCAAGGCUUAUACAUUUGUCCAGGCCCUGGGUAUCUCGCCUGACCGCCUUGCGCAGAACGCUCUUCGCGAAGGCAAGAAGGUGUCGUCGGACGACGAUGCCAGACUGCCCACGGACCUGGCCGAUCAGCUGGCCAACGAUGACUUCCCGACCGCAGAUCAAGUGGUCAACGCCGCCCGCCAGAUGUACGCCGAGGAGCUGUUCGUCAGCCCGCGUAUGCGCAAACAUUUCCGGAUUCAAUACUAUGCCAUGGGUUCUGUGAGCUGCCGUAGAACCGAGAAGGGCCUUCGGAAGAUCGACGAAGCACACCCGUAUUACGAGAUCAAGUAUCUCAUUAACCACACUAUACGGGAUCUCGCCGUCCGACCCGAGAUCUUUCUAAAGAUGAUGAAGGCGGAAGAUGAGGGGCUUGUUGAGGUCCAGCUCAAUCUGGAGAAUGAGCGCGAGUUCCGGCGACAGCUCUAUAGCGAGUUUGCGUCAGAUAAUUUCAGCGAUCUGGCCGACGCAUGGAACUCGGAACGCCAAAAGGUUCUGGACAUUGCGUUCUCCAAGCUUGAGAAAGUGAUCGCCAAGGGCGUGAAGGACUCGCUUCGAACGGCCUGCCAGGAGGAGCUCCUGAAAACUUGCCGGGAAGAGUAUUUCAAGCGACUCGACCAAGCACCCCUCAAGCCCAAAGGCAUGGUCCUCGGUACCACACCACGGGUGCUGACCUUGUCCAACGGCAUGGGUGAUCCCAACCGCGAUCCCGUUUGCUGGACAUGGGUUGAGGAGGAUGGCAGAGUGCUUGACCACGGCAAAUUUGUCAACCUGGCAAGGGACGAGAGCCAGCGGGACGCUUUUGCGGAGUUGAUCCGCCGGAAGAACCCCGAUUUUGUGGGCAUAUCCGGCUUCUCAGCAGACACUCAGCGGCUCGUCAAAGACGUCGAGGGCAUCAUCAGUGAGAAAGGACUGAUGGGUCCAGAGUACGAUGAUCCGGGCACCAACGAGUACCGCAGCGACUUGCUGGAGGUCGUCAUUGUCAACGACGAGGUGGCGCGGCUGUACAAGGACAGCCCCCGCGCCGUUGCAGAACACCCAACGCUGGGCUCCCUCACCCGGUAUUGCAUAGCUCUUGCUCGAUAUAUGCAGAACCCCAUGAAGGAGUAUGCCGCUUUGGGCAAGGAUGUCACGUCACUCCUGGUCCAUCCAUACCAGCAGUAUCUGCCGCAGGAGAAGCUGUACAAGCACCUCGAGACGGCCAUGGUAGACAUUGUCAACCUCUGCGGCGUGGACAUCAACGAAGCCAUGAGCGAUCCAUACACGGCGAAUCUCCUGCCUUACGUUGCCGGCCUCGGUCCGCGCAAAGCGCAGCUCCUCAUCAAGGGUAUCAACGCGAAUGGCGGCGUUGUUUCUUCGAGAGACGAGCUCGUUGGUGACCCGGAACGUCACAAGAUCCCUGUGCUCGGUCCCCGGGUGUGGAAUAAUUGCGCCAGCUUCUUGUACAUCGAGCACGACAGUACCAAUCCGGACUCUGACCCGCUCGACAACACGCGUAUCCAUCCCGAGGACUACGACUUGGCUCGCAAAGUCGCGGCGGAUGCCUUGGGGUUGGACGAAGAGGACGUCAAGGCUGAGACAGACGAAAACGGCCCUGGCGCGAUCGUCCGUAAGCUUUUCAAAGAGGACGAGCAGGAGAAGGUCAAUGAGCUUAUCCUCGAGGAGUAUGCCGAGCAGCUGGAGCGGGAAUACCAGCAGCGCAAGCGAGCCACGCUGGAGGCGAUCCGCGCCGAGCUGAUGGGUCCCUAUGAGGAACUUAGAAAGAACUAUGCCGUGUUGGGUCCGGAUCAGGUCUUCACCAUGUUCACGGGUGAGACUAGAGACUCUCUGUGCGAGGGGAUGAUCGUUCCGGUAGUUGUCCGGGUUGUCAAGGAUGACUUCGCGAUCGUCAAAUUGGACUGCGGCAUUGAGGGCAGGAUCGAGUCCCACGAGGUGUCUUACCGUCACUCAAUCAAGGACUUGUUGCAGGUCGGGCAGACUGCUCAGGCCAAGCUGAUUGAUAUCAAUCGGAAGGACUUCGUCUGCAAGCUUACCAUGAGGGAGGAGGAGCUCCGCCGGCCAUAUCGCAAGCAUUACGACUAUGGGCGCGGCCAGUGGGACUACAAGCAGGAGGACGAAGACCGAGAGGAGCUCCGCGAGAAGGACAAGGUCACGGGCCGCACGCAGAGGGUCAUCAAGCACCCGCUCUUCAAGCCUUUCAACGGCACGCAAGCCGAGGAGUACUUGGGUGGCCUGCCCCCUGGAGAAGUGGUCAUUCGACCGUCUUCGAAGGGCAAUGACCACCUGGCCAUCACGUGGAAGGUUGCCGACGGUGUCUACCAGCACAUUGAUGUGCUCGAGCUGCAAAAGGAGAACGAGUUUUCCGUCGGCAAGGUUCUUCGGGUUGGCGGCAAAUACACUUACUCAGAUUUGGACGAGCUGAUCGUCGACCAUGUCAAGGCGAUGGCCAAGAAGGUGGAGGAGCUCAUGCAGCACGAGAAGUUCCAAAAGGGAUCUCGUGCAGACCUUGAGAAAUGGUUGACCACAUAUAUCGACGCCAACCCCAACCGCUCGACCUACGCCUUCUGCCUUGACACAAAACAUCCCGGGUACUUCUACCUCUGCUUCAAGGCGUCACGGGGAUCCAAGGUCAACGCCUGGAUGGUCCGGGUGAUUCCGCAUGCGUACGAGUUGUUGAAGAACCAAUAUCCAGAUAUGCGGGCGCUCUGCAACGGCUUCAAGCUUCGGUACCAGAGUGAGAUGCUGAAGAUGCAGUCUGGCGGCGGGGUGAGGGUUCAUUGAUUACGAGAUUGCAGAUCAUGGUCAUUAGGUAUUUGGAAGAGGCGUUGGCACCUGGAAUUUGUGGUUCAUAACACUAGCGGGCAUCCGGUGAAGAUGUAUUGAAUUUUAUCUAUAUUCUAGUGAAAUGGAUACCUGGGAUCUCACAGGAUAGAGGGACAAAAGUGGGAAUUAAGGUUAGGUACGUUAUCUCAAUCGACACCCACACUGAAAGAGAUGCUCCCGAGGCCCGGCCCCGUCGAGCGGACUGUUUCUGG